UUGUUUUGUUUCUAUUCUCUCCUCAGUGCAAUUACUCUGGACAACACGCUGGUUAUUUUAUCUACGGUGGCACCAGAUGCUGGGCGCUAUUAUGUGCAGGCUGUAAACGACAAGAAUGGAGAGAACAAGACCAGCCAGCCCAUCACCUUAUCAGUAGAGAAUGUGGGUGGUCCAGCAGAUCCCAUUGCACCGACCGUCAUCAUCCCUCCCAGGAACACCAGUGUGGUCACAGGCACCUCAGAGGUCACCAUGGAGUGCGUGGCCAAUGCUAGACCGCUCAUCAAGCUGAGCAUCUCCUGGCGUAAGAACGGUGUGGUGGUGACCAGCGGUUUGAGCGACUUCAACCGGAGGCUGACCAUCCUCAGCCCCGUGGUGAGCGACGCCGGCUACUACGAAUGCGAGGCCAUCCUCCGCAGCAGCAGCGUGCCUUCAGUCAGCGCCGGGGCUUAUCUGCACGUGCUCGAGCCACCACAGUUUAUAAAGGAACCAGAGAAGCACAUUACAGCGGAAAUGGAAAAGGUGGUGGACAUCCCCUGUCAGGCACGGGGAGUGCCCCAACCGGACAUUGUGUGGUAUAAGGAUGCUCUGCCCAUUGAUCCAGUGAAGACUCCCCGGUACAGGGUGCUGGUGGGAGGCAGCCUGCAGGUCAAUGGCCUCCUUCCUGAUGACACCGGCAUGUUUCAGUGCUUUGCCAGAAAUUUGGCUGGAGAAGUUCAGACCAACACCUACUUGGCUGUUACUAGCAUUGCACCGAAUAUCACAGCCGGACCGUCAGACAGCACUGUGAUCGACGGGAUGUCAAUCAUCCUGCACUGUGAGACCUCAGGAGCGCCGAGACCCGCUAUAACCUGGCAGAAAGGUGAGCGUGUGUUGGCCAGCGGUUCGGUGCAACUGCCCCGGUUCACACUCCUCGAGUCUGGCAGUUUGCUCAUCUCACCUUCACACAUCUCCGAUGCCGGGACCUACACUUGCAUGGCGAGCAACUCCAGGGGCAUUGACGAGGCGUCUGCUGACCUCAUUGUCUGGGCACGCACACGGAUCACCACGCCCCCCCAGGAGCAGAGUGUUAUCAAAGGCACUAAAGCCAUCAUGACUUGUGGAGUUACACACGACCCCAGUGUAAUUAUCAGGCACGUCUGGGAAAAAGACGGCUCGGCGAUCAACGUGCAGUCCAUACCCCGCAUGCGGCUGGAGGCGGACGGCACCCUGCACAUCUCCCAGACCUGGUCGGGAGACAUCGGCACGUACACGUGCAGAGUCACCUCGGUCGGGGGCAACGACUCCCGCAGUGCUCACCUCCGUGUCAGGCAGCUUCCCCAUGCCCCGGAGAACCCCAUAGCCUUGCUGAGCAGGUCGGAGAAAAGAGCCAUCGACCUGGCCUGGGCGAAGCCAUUUGAUGGCAACAGUCCCCUCAUACGCUACAUUCUGGAGGUUUCUGAAAACAAUGCUCCUUGGGCCAUCCUGCUGGCCAAUAUUGAACCGGAGUCCACAGCGGUGACGGUGAACGGCUUGAUCCCAGCUCGCUCCUAUCAGUUCCGCCUCUGUGCCGUUAACGAUGUGGGGAAAGGACAGUUCAGCAAGGAGACCGACCGCGUGUCCCUCCCAGAGGAGCCUCCAAGUGCUCCUCCUCAGAACGUCAUUGCUAGCGGUCGGACCAACCAGUCCAUCAUGAUCCAGUGGCAGCCUCCACAGGAAAGCCACCAGAACGGCCUCCUCAGGGGCUACAUUGUCCGGUACCGUCUCACCGGGCUUCCUGUGGACUACCAAAUCAAGAACAUCUCCAGCCCAGAUGUGACAACUCUGCUGCUUGAAGACCUCAUCAUAUGGACUAACUAUGAGAUUGAGGUGGCCGCCUACAACGGAGCUGGACUGGGAGCUUUCAGCCAUAAGGUCACUGAGUGGACGCUACAGGGAGUGCCGACCAUCGCUCCCGGUAACGUGCAGGUGGAGGCAGUCAACUCGACGGCGAUCCGUUUUACUUGGACCGCUCCAAACCCUCAGUUCAUCAAUGGCAUCAACCAGGGCUACAAGCUGCUGGCCUGGGAACCUGGCAAAGAUGAGGAGGUUGCUAUGGUGACGGUGCGGCCGAACUUUCAGGACAGUGUCCACGUGGGAUAUGUGACAGGUCUGAAGAAGUUCACCGGCUAUUACACCUCGGUGCUGUGCUUCACUACACCUGGAGACGGCCCCCGCAGCCCGCCUAAAGCACUGAGGACACACGAGGACACCCCGGGUGCUGUGGGUCACCUCAGCUUCACCGAGAUCCUGGACACCUCUCUGAAGGUGAGCUGGAGCGAGCCCGGCGAGAAGAACGGAGUUCUCACAGGCUAUCGUAUUUCUUGGGAGGAGUUCAACCGCACCAACACCAGAGUCACCCACUACCUGCCUAAUGUGACCUUAGAGUACAGGGUCACUGGACUGACCGCUCUCACCACCUACACUAUCGAAGUGGCAGGGAUGACCUCAAAGGGCCAAGGACUGCUCUCGUCUUCAACUAUUUCUUCUGGGGUCCCACCAGAGCUCCCUGGGCCUCCCACCAAUAUCGCAAUCUCCAACAUUGGUCCACGCUCUGUGAACCUCCAGUUCAAACCUGGCUACGAUGGCAAAACUUCCAUUUCCCGCUGGCUGGUGGAGGCUCAGGUGGGUGCCGUGGGAGACGGUGAAGACUGGGUGGUGGUUCACCAGGUGUCCAACCAACCUGAGGCCCGCUUCUUAGAGGUUCCUGGUCUCAAUCCAUUCACCGUUUACAGAUUCCGCAUGCGUCAGGUCAACAUAGUGGGCACUAGCCCUCCAAGCCAGCCCUCCAGAAAGAUCCAGACUCUCCCCGCUCCCCCUGACAUGGCACCCGCCAACGUGACCCUGCGCACGGCCAGUGAGACGAGCCUCUGGUUACGAUGGAUGCCUUUGCCUGAAUGGGAAUACAAUGGGAAUGCAGAGCAGGUGGGCUACAGGGUUCAGUAUUCCCGUGCGGGCUCACAGGGCCGAGGCCUGACCCAUGUCAUCUCGGACCGCUUGGAGAGAGAAUUCACCAUCGAGGACCUGGAGGAGUGGACGGAGUAUGAGGUCAGGGUCCAGGCUGUGAAUGGGAUUGGUUUGGGACCCUGGAGCCAGCCGGUCAGAGGCAGGACACGAGAGUCUGUUCCAUCCAGUGGACCCACCAACGUGUCUGCCUUUGCCACCACCUCCAGCAGCAUUCUCGUGCGCUGGUUUGAAGUCCAAGAGCCUGACAGGAAUGGUCUCAUUCUUGGCUACAAGGUGGUGUACAAAGAGAAAGACUCUGACAGUGUGGUCCAGUUCUGGAUGGUGGAGGGAAACACCACCCACAGCGUGCAGCUCACUGGUUUGGGAAAAUAUGUGCUCUACGAGAUCCAGGUUUUGGCUUUCACACGGAUUGGGGAUGGCCGACCCAGUUCUCCACCCAUAUUGGAGAGGACUCUGGAUGAUGUGCCAGGACCUCCGGUGGGUAUCCUCUUCCCUGAAGUGCGUACCACCUCUGUCAGGCUUAUUUGGCAGUCUCCUGCCCAGCCCAAUGGCAUCAUACUUGCUUACCAGAUCACCUACCACCUGAACUCCACCAACAGUAAUGCGGCCACAGUGGACGUCCUGAACCCCAGCGCUCGCCAGUACACGGUGACCAACCUCAAGCCGGAGUCCGUCUAUGUGUUUCGCAUCACGGCGCAGACGAGGAAGGGCUGGGGCGAGGCAGCCGAGGCACUGGUGGUUACCACCGAGAAGAGGGCUCGACCCCAACCGACCAGCCGUCCCAGGGUCCCUCAGAAGGACGUGCAGGCCCGACAGGUGCUGCUUUCAUGGGAACCCGGCAGCGACGGCCUGUCCCCCGUGCGCUACUACACUGUGCAAUUGAGGGAGCUCCCGGAGAACAACUGGAUUGUCCACUCUGCCUCUGUCAACCACGAGGCGUCCUCAUACAUAGUGUCAAGGCUGAAGCCCUUCACAUCCUACCAGUUCAGAGUAAAAGCUACCAAUGAUAUCGGAGAUAGUGAGUACAGCGAGGAGAGUGAAGCGAUCACAACCCUGCAAGAUGCGCCGGACGAAGCCCCGACCAUUCUCUCCGUCACGCCACACACAACAACGUCGGUGCUGAUCCGCUGGCAGCCGCCCUCUGAAGAGAAAAUCAAUGGAAUCUUGCUGGGUUUCCGGAUUUGCUACCGUGAGCUGCUGUAUGAUCGUGUCCGCAGUUACGUCCACACAGUCAACAGUGUGUCAAACUGGGCCGAGCUCGCUGCCCCUUACAGCGUACGGAAUUUGAGUGAUUCAACUCUCACCCAGUACGAGUUGGACAAGCUGAGUAAACACAAGCGCUACGAGAUACGCAUGAGUGUGUACAACGCUGUGGGCGAGGGGCCGAACAGCCCACCGCAGGAGGUGUUUGUCGGGGAGGCAGUGCCCACAGCCCCGCCACAGAACGUCGUCAUUCAGUCUGCAACAGCCACCCAGCUGGAUGUGACGUGGGACCCUCCGCCUGUUGAUGCACAGAAUGGAGAUAUCCAGGGUUACAAGAUUUACUUUUGGGAGUUCCAGCGUAAGAAUGAGACGGAGCGGCUGCGAACUCUCUUCAUGCCAGAGGGAGGGGUGAAGCUGAAGAACCUGACCGGUUACACCACCUACAUGAUCAGUGUGGCCCCCUUCAACGCCGCCGGGGACGGACCACGCAGCCCGCCGACCAGGGGCCGCACGCAGCAAGCAGCUCCGAGUGCCCCGAGUUUCAUUCACUUCAGUGAGCUGACCACCACCUCGGUCAACGUGUCCUGGGGAGAUCCCACCUUCCCUAACGGCAUCAUCGAGGGCUAUCGUCUGGUCUACGAACCGCUGACUCCAGUAGAGGAGUCCUCAGUGGCCUGUGCCGACUGUCUUCACUCCCCCUCCCCCCCAGGCGUCAGUAAAACAGUGACCGUGGACGUGAAGGGGAGCGGCCCCCUCUGGUUGAAGCUUCGAGAUCUAGCCGAUGGCGUCACGUACAAUUUCCGCAUUAGGGCCAAGACCUUCAUAUAUGGGCCCGAGGUGGAGGCUAAUAUCACAACCGGGCCCGGGGAAGGAGCUCCAGGGCCCCCCGGAGAGCCUUUUAUCAGCCGUUACAGUUCAGCACUGACCCUACACUGGACCAGUGGGGACCCUGGACGUGCUCCUAUAUCGCGCUACGUCAUCGAAGCCAGACCGUCAGAUGAGGGUCUUUGGGAUAUCUUAAUCAAGGAUAUCCCUAAGGAUGUGACAUCACACACGUUCAACAUGGAUAUACUUAAACAAGGCGUCAGUUAUGACUUCCGGGUAAUUGCAGUGAACGACUACGGCUACGGCUCUCCGAGUCUACCUUCUCCUUCUAUAUCUGCCCAAAAAGUGGCCCCUUUCUACGAAGAGUGGUGGUUCCUGGUGGUGGUCGCACUGGUGGGGCUCAUCUUCAUCCUGCUCCUGGUUUUCAUCCUUAUUAUCAGAGGGCAGAGCAAGAAGUACGCCAAAAAGUCCGAAUCAGGCAACAACUCCAACUGUAACGCUCUGACCCACGGAGACAUGGUAAGCCUGGAUGAAGGCCGUUUUCCUGCUCUGGAGCUCAACAACCGGCGGCUGUCGGUGAAAAACUCUUUCUGUCGGAAGAACGGCGUGUACACCAGGUCUCCUCCCAGGCCCAGUCCGGGCAGCCUUCAUUACUCGGAUGAGGAUGUGAGCACCAAGUACAAUGACCUGAUCCCCGCAGAGAGCAGCAGCCUGACUGAAAAGCCCUCAGAAAUCUCAGACUCACAGGAGGCGCUGGUGUUUUCAUAUGGAACAGGUGGCCUACAUACACUUCCACUGCAUUUGGGCAGCGACAGUGAGUACGAGGUUGACCCCAACCGACAGAAGACCCACUCUUUCGUCAACCACUACAUAAGCGACCCCACCUACUACAACUCCUGGCGCCGCCAACAGAAGGGGAUAUCCCGAGCGCAGGCCUACAGCUACACCGAGUCCGAGUCGGGGGAACCGGAGCACAGCGCCCCCCCGCCGCUGCCCCCUCUACCUCCCCUGCCCCCCCAGCUCAGCUCUCCCAGCCCCCAGCCUCAACAAGCCCAGGGCCAGCCCCAGGGCCAGCCCCAGGGCCAGGGCAGCCUGUUCAGGCCCAAAGGAAGCCGGACUCCCACCCCCUCCCAGCAGAGCUCCAACCCCCCCAGCCAGCACAGCACCUUGUACAGGCCCCCCAGCAGUCUAGCCCCCGGGUCCAGGGCCCCGAUCGCCGGCUUCUCCUCCUUUGUGUAA